GGCUUCUCCUCCACCACGCAGCGCAGGGCAGGUGCCGGCCACGGGCCUCAGUACGACCCGCCGACGGGCUGGCUGUUUGGCGUCAAGCCUGGUGAGAAGGCCGAGAAGGAGGGGUGGGAGGGGCUGGCCUACUACGGCUUCGGCGGCAGCUUGCUGGUGUUUGCUGUGGCGUAUGCCUUCAAGCCUGAUACCUCGAUACAAACUUGGGCUCUUGAGGAGGCUCGCAGGCGGUUAGAGGCCGAGGGCAUCCUGGAGGAUCCCGCCUCGAAG